AUGAACUUGGCCUACGAUCCCGUGUCUUACCCAGAGAGCGCACCAGUAUCAAGAGCAUCUACUCCUCAGCUACCUGGUCUAGAAUAUACACUGUCGGGGUUGGCUUUUGAAGACACACCACCCACUUCACCUGCAGCGUCUACACCACCGAUGCUACCCGUACAAGCACCAACUAUGAGCUAUGGAGUCCUAGCGGGCGUCGCAUAUGUGAUUUUCGGCGAAGGUCAAAAAGGAGCUGUCACGAUCUUUGCCUGGCUCGUUCUGUUUGUGAUCAUGGCAAUUAUCAAUACAAUAUGGAUGGCAUCACAAGCUUCUCGCACGGAAGAGACAUUGCCUGCUCAAGUUAUGGUGUAUGAGCCGCAAACAAACGCUCGUGAGCAGACAGUCGCUGCGACACUGAUCAUCCUUGGCUACAUUUUUCUUGCUUAUUGUCUGUACCAAUACUUCAAUGUACUGGUAUUGACUAUCGCUGCGGAAUUCAUUCUCGUCGUUAGGGUAUUUGGUAGUCACUACCAGUAG